AUUUUAUAUUUAAUCUCGUUCAAAAUGUUGCUCAAUAAUUAUAGACAAAGACAAUUUAGUAAAUGUCACAGUUUAAAAGUGAAGCGAUUUCCUCAUUUUUCUAUUGUAAAUAGUUCCAUAAAUAAUAGCAGCCGAACAGUGAAUCCAAUUUUGUCAGAAUCAGUUGUAGAUAAAGAACAGCUAAUACAAGAUGUUGUAAAUGAAUUUAAGAAGAAAAAGCCGUCGCUUUCAACACUAUCCAUUAUAAAUAGACAACUUUUUAAUAACGAGAUUUAUAGUGUUUUUCCAAAAAGAGUUACAUAUGCUCCUGGAUUAAUGUUGGAAGAAGCAAUUCGUUUUUAAGACUCUGUUCUUAUAAGAGUCUGUUCAAUAAGUUUUAAAGACUCUGCUCUUAAGAUUCAAAAGAUGUUGGUUUGGAUUUCUCCUGAGUCUCAAAACCACACUGAAAAUUUAAUGCUGCUGCAGAAAUCACUCAUUUUUAAGAAGACAACUGAAAAAUUGUUUAUGAAAGUAGACUGUGAUUCAAUACAUGAUUGCUUAAGAGUGCCAAGCCUAUAUGGUCCACAAAUUAUAUUUAAUAAAGCAGAGUAUGGUGUAAGGAGUCGAAGUGGUGUUGAGAUUGAUGUUCAGCCCUUGCUCAGUACAUGCGAAAUGGUAGUCGUUUUGAUGGCUGUUUAUUAUUUGUUAGAUUUAACAUAUCCUUCUUGUUUUUGGCAGCUUCUGGGAUGUUUGCAAGAUAUUUGCGGAUUUGGGCAAUCGGAUUUACUAUCUAAAAAAUGCAUUUUAAUUCUGCAAUCUUUUCAUAGCAAUGCAAAGUACUUUUGACUUUAUUAAUGUAAUUUUUAUCAAAGUUAAUUUCUUCAAUUAUUUUCAUGAUUAUGAAAAAUGAUUUAAUAUAAAUAUAUUAAGGUAUUAAAC